GGCAAAGUAGAUAAAACAUGCUUUUGUACGUAUUCAUUUUCUCACCUAAGGAACCAACUCGAAUAUUACUUGGUCAUGUUUCAAAGAGAAGGAGAGUUGGAACGGGGUACAAUGAAGUUUUGGCUAAUGAGGAAUUUGCUUAUGUCCCCUUAUUGGAAUCUUUAGAACAGUUGCUAAACCAACCAUCUGUUCUUAUACAGGUUUUAAACGGACAUGCAAGCACCGAUGGCUACAUGAGAGAUUUCUGCGAUGGCCAGUUAUAUAGAUGCCACCCCUUACUAUUAAGAAAUCCACAAGCAAUUCAAAUAAUUUUAUAUUAUGAUGAAUUAGAAAUUGUUAAUCCACUCGGAAGUAAGACUGGAAAGCACAAACUUGGUGCUUUCUACUACACAUUGGCCAACAUACACCCUGAACACAGGUCCCAGCUUCAGGCAAUCCAACUGGUUGCACUUGUUACUGUGCCCCUUGUUAAAAAGUAUGGAAUAGAUGCCAUAUUGGAGCCGUUUAUGAAUGAUCUGAAGGAACUUGAGAAGGAUGAGGGGCAUGGAUUUAAAAUUGAUGGCAGAAUACAACGACUACAAGGGACAAUCGUUUACUGCUGUGGCGAUAAUCUUGGCUCACAACUUCUAGGUGGGUUUAAAGAAGGGCCUGGCUCAUAUCGAAAGUGCAGAGAGUGCAUGGGAACCCUCGAGUUAAUAACUUCACAGUUCCUAGAGAAGUACUUUGAGUUACGUUCUAAGGAAGGUCACAACCAUCAGUGCGAUCAAAUAGAGCUUAAUCCCGACCUCUCUGUCACAUAUGGCGUCAAGCGAAAGUCCAAGUUGUGUGACUCGAAAUACUACCAUGUCAUUUGUGGCCUGCCUGGUGAUGCUAUGCACGACAUAUUGGAAGGGGUAUUGCAGUAUAGUGCAAGGAGAUGUUAA